GAUCGAUCUCUGAUCUCAGAGCUAGCUAGCUAGUUAGAUUGAGAUGAGUAGUGGAAGUAUUAAUGUUGCAAACGAUGGAGAAGUAUCUCAAGGGCCUUGUGGUGCUUGCAAGUUCCUCAGGCGAAAGUGCUUGAGAGGCUGCAUAUUUGCGCCCUACUUCGACUCAGAUCAAGGCACCGCUCACUUCGCGGCGGUGCACAAAGUGUUCGGUGCAAGCAACGCCUCCAAGCUACUCCUGCGCAUACCUGCUCACAAGAGGCUCGAUGCUGUCGUUACUCUCUGCUAUGAGGCUCUUGCUAGGGUUCGAGACCCGGUUUAUGGCUGCGUUGCUCACAUUUUCACCCUCCAGCAGCAGAUAAUCAAUUUGCAGGCAGAGUUGGCCUAUGUUCAGGCCCGUCUUGCUACCUUGCAGCGUCUGCCACAGCCGCCGCCCUCGCCUCAACCUCAGAUCCCGCAUUCCUUGGCCAAUAUUGUAGCAUCAUCCUCGGAGUUGCUACCCAUUUCCAACUUAAUGAUGCAAGCUGAUCCUCUUGAAAUAGAACAAUGUGCAGCAAGUCAAGAAAUGACGAGCCUUUUCAAUCCGCUAGACCAAGAGUUCUUGGACCGUGAAGAUCUCCAAGUAAUAGCACGAGAAUUUGUCUCCCGCUAUUUGCCUGGAGUAAGAUUUCGUCCUCCGGGUCCUCACCAAAAUUUUUAACUCUGUUGUUGUCAACUG